AUCAGUUUGGUGACUGGAAGAUGGAUUCAAGUGGAGAAAGGCUGGAUGCAGGGAGACCAUUUAGGUUAUCCAUAGUCCAGGUGUAACCACUGAAGAGUAAUGCUGAUGGAUGCCCUAGGAGUUGGCUGUGUUACACGAGGAGGGGCCAGCCCGAUGGGGGAAACUACUGUGACGGAGUCUCCUAGAAAAGAAGUAACAGACCAAGUUGUCUCUGAGACCCCAACAUUUGGGCCUAAGACAACAUGUGAUGAUAAUUCCAUAAUGAUGCCUUCAAUCUCUCUUGGACUUGAGGAUCCCUCUGAUAAACAAAGCCUCUUAGAUUCUCAUCCAGAGCAGGAAAACAUCUCCAAACCAGAAUGGCAAGACGUUCCUUCAGAGACUCCAGAGAUCUCAAAGGCAAAGACCCCAAAGACUGGCCGGAAAAAGGGUGUUCGAAUUCGAAGAGGCCCAAAGAAGGGUGGAGUGGGGGCUAAGGGUGGCUGCCCAUCUACUUUACCGCAACCCAACCCUCCAUCAGGGACCCUGGGACAUGGUCCCCUAGAUCAAUCUGGCCCUCCACCUACUACUAUCCCUAAGAAGCGGGGUCGAAAGUCAAAAGCUGAGCUGCUGUUGAUGAAAUUGUCGAAGGGGCUAGAGCAGCCUGAACCCCCACCUCCACAAAGCCCUCCUGAAGAUCCUGAGGCCCAACCAGGAGCACGACCCCGACGUCGAGCUGCUAGAGUGGCACUUCUGUACCUUCAGGAACUGGCUGAAGAACUCUCAUCAGCAUUGCCUGCCCCAGUCUCUUGUCCUGAGAACCCUGAAAUGGGUGGCCAACCUAAAAGAAGCCAAGGCCGUCGGCGGACAGCCUGGCAUGGAGAAGAAGAAGGAGAUGAUUCAGCAAGGGAUGCUGACUUUGUACUUCAGGCUGAGAUUGAAGAAGGGGAAGAAAGUGAAGUACCUAGUGAGAGCUCCUCUGACUUGGAUCUUACAGCACUUCGAGGGACUGGUCUUCGUGGGUCUGCCUCAGGGAAACAGAAACAACAGUGUCGGGGAAUGGCUCCCAAUGGGCUUCCGAAUUCUAUCAUGGCUCCUGUCUGGAAAAGCCUCAACCUCACCAAGAGCCUCCGAGAACAGAACCAUUCACAUUGGGAAUUUCCUGAAUGGAUCCCUUCAGCCUUGAAGUGGCACUUACUGUCUGAAAGUGAAGCAGCAUCCUACUUGCCCCAGGAGCUGAGGUCUCCUCUUUUCUCUGUACAACGGGAAGGCCUUCCUGAGGACAGCACUCUCUAUAGAAUAAAUAGGUUUAGCUCACUGGCACCACAUCCAGAGCGAUGGGAUGUGUCCUUCUUCACAGGGGGACCACUAUGGGCACUAGAAUGGUGCCCAGUACCCGAAGGUGCAGUCGUUUCCCAAUAUGUGGCACUAUUCUGCAGCCCCAGCAUGAAUGAAACCCAUUCCCUGAGCCGGCCUUAUGAAGGCCCUGGGCUUCUACAGCUCUGGAACCUUGGGACAUUGCAGCAAGAAAGCUGCCCAAGCAGUAAGGCUUACCUUGCCUAUGGCAUCGCUUGUGAUCAUGGGUGCAUCUGGGACCUCAAAUUCUGCCCUAGUGGAGGCUGGGAGCUGCCCAGCACUUCUCGAAAGGCUCCUUUCCUGCCACGGCUGGGUCUCCUGGCUCUGGCCUGUUCAGAUGGAAAAGUACUACUGCUUAGUCUGCCCCACCCUGAGGAACUUCUGGCCCUACAGCCUCAAGAUGCUCUCAAACCAGCCAUCUAUAAGGUUCAGUGCAUAGCCUCUCUUCAGGUGGGCUCAGUACAAGCAGGAGAACCCUCUGAGUGUGGCCAGUGUUUCAGCCUUGCCUGGAUGCCAACUCGUCCCCAUCAGCAUCUGGCAGCUGGGUUCUAUGAUGGCACGAUAGCAAUCUGGAACCUACCCACUACAUCACUGUUGCAGCGUGUUCGACUUCCAGAUGGCUCUUUGAAACUCUAUCCCUUUCACUGCCUCUCAGCCCAUGACCAGGCCGUGCGCUGCCUUCAGUGGUGCAAAGCUAAUAGUAACUUUAUAGUCUCUGCUGGAAGUGACCGGAAAAUCAAAUUCUGGGAUUUAAGGCGACCUUACGAGCCUAUCAACUGUAUCAAACGCUUCUUAAGCACAGAGCUGGCGUGGCUGCUCCCUUACAGUGGAGUUACUGUGGCUCAGGACAACUGUUAUGCCUCCUAUGGGCUUUGUGGGAUUCACUACAUCGAUGCUGGUUUCCUUGGUUUCAAGGCUUAUUUCACUGCCCCUAGAAAAGGCACUGUCUGGAGUCUGUCAGGGUCAGACUGGCUUGGGGCAGUGGCUGCUGGGGACAUGUCAGGGGAACUCAUCGCUGCUGUGCUACCCGACAUGGCCCUCAACCCGAUGAAUGUCAAACGUCCAGCUGAGCGCCGAUUUCCCAUAUACAAGGCAGAUUUACUGCCUUAUUGGGAAGGAUCUGAAGACCAAGAUCAUCAUGCUGCCUCACCUUUGGUUCCUGGUCCUCCUAAGGCCAGAACUUAUGCUGAAACAGUCGAACAUCACUACCUACUCUUCAGAGACACAGACCUGCGUGGAUUCCAAGAUUUGCUUCAGAGGGGACCAGUACUUCGAAUGCAAGAAGGAGAGGGACGCUCUCAACUCUGUCUUGACAGGCUACAGCUAGAGGCCGUACACAAGGUUCGUUUCAGCCCAAACUUGGACUCUUAUGGUUGGUUGGUUUCUGGGGGCCAAUCAGGACUGGUGAGAGUACAUUGUGUUCGUGGCCUUACCUCCCCCUUGGGCCACCGGAUUCAGCUUGAAAGCAGAGCCCACUUCAGCGCCAUGUUCCAGCCACCUUCCCCACCUCAGGGGCCCAGUUUUCCUCCAACCAACUUCCGCCUGCUGUCUGACCCAUAGUUUAUUGAACACGCAGCCCUGGGGAUUCAGGUUUCCUUGGUCCUGAUGCUACAUAGUAGCCAUAUGACAUUUCCACCUCUGAAUCAAGCAAAAUGGAAACUUCCCAAAAUUGAAAACCUGCCCAAGUCUUACAACUUCAGAAUGAUACAGUAGAAUUUGUCGUCCGAGGACCUAGGGAUGAAUCCUGGUUCAGCCAGUUAUGAUGUAUUUGACCUUGAGCAAGGACCUCAGUUUUUUUAUCCAUAAAAUGAAGAAGUUGGACUAGACCUCGGAGGUUCCUUCCAGCUAUAAAUCUACCAUCCUGUUAAGCUAUAAGGACUACAUUCCCAGGACUCUGGACUGAACCUGUUCUCUUGUAAUCACUUCCCCCUGCUGGCAGGGGGCGUCCAGACAUGAACUCUAUAGUCUCCUCAGCAAAUAAGACAGAAGCAACCCUGUGCCAGACAUAGGGUUGGAGGUCAAGCUGCUCAUAUUGAGCCUGUUGUACUUGUAGGCAGAACUUAGUAAAGGUGCUGAGUGUUUUUGACACACGUGUACUUGUGGUUUGGGAAGAAAGGGGUAGAGCAGCUAUAGUAAGACUUUGCCAAGGGUCCUUCACAUCUGGACCUGCACCCAGAGCUAUGAGGAAUGCAGUUCCAACAUUUUAUUGGAAUGAAGCUUCUAUGAUGGCAAAUCAACAGGAUAACCACAUUGAUGUUUCAGACUCACAGAGACCAAAACAUCGCCACACAUACUUCAGCUAUACAGUGUGGACUGUGGGAUCCCCCAGAUUACAGAGGGUUAUGUAGAGAUGAGGAUGUCCACCUUUGGAAGUACCAACACCCAUGAUCACAAUUGUAGUCAUAGCACAGAAACAAAUGACCCAAGUGACAACAAAAUGACUACAGUUUCCUUAGGGAGAAGGAGUAAUAUUGAUUGAUCUGGGUCUGUUCUUUUCAACCAUAUGUCGGCAUCUUUGGCUGGUUUUUCCUCUGCUCCCUUGCCACCACUUUAGUGGUGCUGAAAAAGAAUUAAGAGAGUGGCAGGAGAAGAGAGUUUAAGGUUCUCAUGCCAUAAGAAAGUGCCAUCACUUAAAUGGGGACUAAUGUCUUGUGAAAACAUCCAUGGGGGCUUCUCUUUGCAUGGGUUUUCUAAUCAGUCCUUUCCAAUACCCAGAUUCCCAGAAAAUUAACCUCUACCUUAAUGUUCCUCUCAGAUGGAUUUAGAACCUGAGGACCAUUGUCCCUUCUCUCUCCCUUUGCUGAAGGAAAGAUAAAAUUUUCAUUAUCAAUAAUCUACUUUCUCUGAAAGACUUAAGAACUCUAUAAUCAAGUUAUUGACUAAUCAUGACUUCAGAAAAAAUGAUUUCAUGCUUUCCACUUCUUGGCAGAGGUGCAUAACGAAAAAUACAUUUUCAGAUAGGGCUUAUGUAUGAAGUUUUUGGUUCACAAUAUUUAUUUGUUAAAAAGGAAGGCUACUACUGUGGGUGAUAGGUUGGUAGGUAUA